GGGGGUCGUUUCCCUUGCCCCCUCGGGUUGGGGAGCUCCUCCAGGCCAAGGAAGCGGCCCCCUAAAACCGCUUCCGGGACUGCAGCUUCUCUCCCCACACUCUCAAGGAGCAGAGCCUUCUCGGGCCACAAUUCUCCGCGACCCAAAAAUAACUACACAGAUGUGAGGAAAAGGGCCAAAGCCUACAGCACAAGGUGGUGCUUAGUUAAAGCCUUAUCGCUUACGCCCAGGAAGCUCGAAACCCAACCCAGCGCCAGCCUUUUAUAGCCGGUCCCUCGAGCCCCGCCCUAGCAACUUCUCCUAGCAACGCCUCGCCCCGUGCUCUGCCGCCUUAUCUGCCUCCGCCAGGCCUUUCCUGUUCCCCUCCCCCAGCCCGCACCGCCCCGCCGCCCGGCUCACUUGACCCGCCCCAGGGGAGGGGAGGGGUGAACGGAAGCGUGAGGGGCGGGGCGUUGGAAGAUGCUCGCGUCAUCAAGAUGCGCCGGGCGAGUUGCGGCGCCGGGCGAGUUGCGGCGCCUGGUGUCUCAGAGAGGCUUGAGGUUCGGGUAGUCGGUGACAUGGCGGAGGCCGCGGCGCUGGUGUGGAUUCGCGGCCCUGGCUUCGGGUGCAAGGCGGUGCGGUGUGCCUCGGCUCGGUGCACCGUCCGGGAUUUUAUCCACCGGCACUGUCAAGAUCAGAAUGUUCCAGUGGAAAACUUCUUUGUGAAAUGCAAUGGAGCACUCAUUAACACCAGUGACACAGUGCAGCAUGGAGCUGUUUAUAGUUUGGAACCCAGACUUUGCGGUGGAAAAGGAGGUUUUGGAUCUAUGCUCCGAGCACUUGGUGCUCAGAUUGAGAAGACAACCAAUCGAGAAGCUUGUCGGGAUCUCAGUGGAAGGAGACUACGUGAUGUCAAUCAUGAAAAAGCAAUGGCUGAAUGGGUAAAACAACAAGCCGAGCGAGAGGCUGAAAAGGAGCAGAAGCGGCUGGAGCGACUGCAGCGGAAGCUUGUAGAACCCAAGCACUGCUUCACCAGCCCUGACUACCAGCAGCAGUGCCAUGAGAUGGCUGAGCGUCUGGAGGAUUCCGUCCUCAAAGGUAUGCAGGCUGCCUCCAGCAAGAUGGUUUCAGCAGAAAUCAGUGAGAAUCGGAAACGGCAAUGGCCUACUAAAUCUCAGACAGACAGAGGAGCCAGUGCGGGAAAGAGGAGAUGCUUCUGGUUGGGCAUGGAGGGACUAGAGACUGCAGAAGGGUCCAACUCUGAGAGUUCAGAUGAUGACAGUGAAGAAGCACCAAGCACUUCAGGAAUGGGUUUCCAUGCUCCAAAAAUUGGUAGCAAUGGUGUCGAGAUGGCAGCCAAAUUUCCCAGUGGUUCUCAGAGGGCGAGAGUAGUGAAUACAGACCAUGGAUCACCAGAACAACUGCAGAUCCCGGUGACUGACUCUGGGAGGCAUAUUUUAGAAGACUCAUGUGCUGAGCUGGGGGAGUCCAAAGAGCACAUGGAAAGCAGGAUGGUUACAGAAACAGAAGAGACCCAGGAGAAGAAGGCAGAGAGUAAAGAACCCAUAGAAGAGGAACCCACUGGGGCUGGACUGAAUAAGGAUAAAGAGACAGAAGAAAGGACUGAUGAGGAAAGAGUUGCUGAGGUAGCACCUGAAGAAAGGGAAAACGUUGCCGUUGCCAAACUGCAGGAAGGCCAGCCAGGAAACGCAGUUAUUGAUAAGGAAACUAUAGAUUUAUUGGCGUUCACCUCUGUUGCAGAACUGGAGUUGCUGGGUUUGGAGAAGCUCAAAUGUGAACUGAUGGCCCUUGGACUGAAAUGUGGGGGCACUCUGCAGGAGCGGGCAGCAAGACUCUUCUCUGUCAGAGGACUGGCAAAGGAGCAAAUUGACCCGGCUUUAUUUGCCAAGCCUUUGAAAGGGAAGAAAAAAUGAGUAUCAUCAGAGCUGAUUCCUAUUUGUUUAUAGUGUCUACCAUUUACAACCUGCAUAAUGUGGACUCUUGACCAGUAUUCCUGUUGAUAUUAAAAGCUAACUUUUUAGUAACCCAAUUCUAACUAUCCCCUUUUUCCUUGUCAGGGCUGUAGAAUUAAUGUCUGAAACCAUCUGGGCCUUAAAUUUUCUUUGUCUGGUUUUCUAUAAUGUAUUUAAUAAAUACAGGGCUAUUCACAUUUUUUGGUUUGAUCUUGGUGUCAUUUAGGUAAUGAAUCUAUCCAAGGAAUCUAUCCUUUUGACCCAGGUUAUCAAAUUUGUAGACAUAAGGUUAUUUAUAAUGGUCCCUUCUUACCCUUUUAAUGUCUUUAGGAGCUGUGUUGAUAAUUUCCUUUUCAUUAUGAUACUGGUAAUUUCUGUUCUCACUUUCCUAAUCAGGUUGCGUAGGGGUUUAUCAGUUUUACUGAUCUUUUUAUUUUAUUUUAUUUUUUUUGAGACAGUCUUACACUGUCUCCCAGGCUGGAGUGCAGUGGCGCGAUCUCGGCUUACUGCAAGCUCUGCCUUCCGGGUUCACGCCAUUCUCCUGCCUCAGCCUCCCCAGUAGCUGGGACUACAGGCUCCCACCACCACGCCCGGCUAAUUUUUUAUAUUUUUAGUGGAGACUGGGUUUCACUGUGUUAGCCAGGAUGGUCUCGAUCUCUUUACCUCGUGGUCCACCCGCCUCAGCCUCCCAGAGUGCUGGGAUUACAGGCGUGAGCCACCGUGCCUGGCCGACGAUUUAACUUUUAAAGAACCAACCUUUGGUUUUAUUUUUCUCAAUUGUUUAUAUAAUUAAUUUCUGUUAUUUUCUUUCUUCUAUUUAGCUUGAGUCUCCUUUGAUCUUUUUUCUUUAGUUCCUUAAGAUAAGCCUUAGGUCAUUGAUCUUAGACGUUAUUUAAAAUACAUAUUUAAAGCUAUACAUUUUCUUUUAAGCAUUACUUUAGUUGCAACUUUACAAUUUUAUUAUGUCGUAUUUUUAUUAUUCAGUUCUAAUUUUCUUUUUUUUUUCUUUUUGAGAUGGAAUUUCGCUUUUGUUGCCCAGGCUGGAGUGCAAUGGUACGAUCUCAGCUCACUGCAACCUCUGCCUCCUGGGUUCAAGCGAUUCUCCUGCCUCAGCCUCCUCAGUAGCUGGGAUUACAGGCUCCAGCCACCAUACCUGGCUAAUUUUUGUAUUUUUAGUAGAGAUGGGGUUUCACCACAUUGGCCAGGCUGGUCUCGAACUCCUGACCUCAGGUGAUCCACCCACUUUGGCCUCCCAAAGUGCUGGGAUUACAGGUGUGAGCCACCAUGCCCAGCCUCUGAUUAUUUUCUAAUUUCCUCCCUCAGUUCUUCUUUGACCCAUGGAUUAUCAGAAGUGGGUUGUCUGAUUAGCAAACAUUUGUUUUUUUUCCUCUUAAUAUCUUCUUGUUGCUGAUUUCUACUUUAAUUCCAUUGAGGUCAGAAAAUAUCCUCUUUAUGAUUUCAAUCCUCUUAGUUUCAUUGAGACUCGUUUUAUGACCCAAUAUAUUGUCUGUCAUGGUGAGUGUACCACACACAGUUUAAAAGAAUGUGUAUUUUAGGCCAGGUGUGGUGGCUCAUGCCUGUAAUCCAGCAUGAGAUUACAUGCUGAGAUUACAGCUGUAAUCUAGCAUGAGAUUACAUGCUGAGAUUACAGCUGUAAUCUAGCAUGAGAUUACAUGCUGAGAUUACAGCUGUAAUCUGUAAUUUGAGAGGCUGAGGUGGGAGGAUCAUUUCGAGACCAGCCUGGGCAAUGUAUAGUGAGACCAUGUCUCUAAGAAAAACAAUAUGUAAUUUGAAUUGUUGGGUUAAUAUGUUUUGUAAUAUCGAUGAGAUUAAGUGGUUGAUAGUAUUGUUCAGAUCUUCUAUGUCUUUACUGAUCUUUUUGUUUAUUUCUAUCAGGUGCUGAGAAAGGAUGUUAAAAUCUUCAAUUACGAUUGUGGAAUUGUCUAUUUCUUAAAUUCUACCAGUUUUUGUAUGAAGCUCUAAUAACUUAUGUCUUCCUAAUGUAUUGACCAUUUUAUCAUUAUGAAAUUUCCCUCUGUCUCUGGUAAUUUGGGUUUGAAAUCUACUUUAUCUUAUGUGAAUAUAGCCACUGCAGCCUUCUUAAGCUUAGUGUUUGCACAGUAUACCUCUUUCUAUUAAUUUACUUUGUGCUUCUGUGCCUAUUUAAAGUAGUUUCUUUAAACAACAUAUACUUGAGUCUUGCAUUUUUAUCUGUUCUCUCUGUAUCUUUUAAUAAGUUUAACAUUAAAUGUAAUUAUUAAUAGGUUUCUAAUUUACAUGUUUCCUGUUUAGAUAAGAUUAUUUUAUAAUUGUAUUUUAAUUUAUUGGCUCUUUAGCUAUACUGUUUUAAUAAUUUUUUUAAGUUGGAUGUUCUAGUGAUUACAAUAUACAUUCUUAAUUUUUCAGUCUACCUAGAGUUGAUGUGCCACUUCACAUAAAAUGUAGAAAUCUUGUAAGUAUGUACAUCCAUUUAUCAUACCUGUCUUUUAUGCUGUAGUUGUCAUACAUAUUAAAUCUACAUAUUUAAAUAUUGUAAGUCCUGUCAUAAGUUACAAUUUCUGCUUUAAAUAAUGAUAUGUAUUUUAAAGAAAUUAAGAGGAAAAAAUAAAAUCUUUUGUAUUUAUUCACAUA